UGUCGAGCAAAUGAAGACAGAAGAACACAUAAUCAAGAGUAUAUUGGGAGGCAGAAACAGAUUCUUUUUGAUUAUCCCCUACUGUUACUAGAGAGAAAAAUGUCUUCAGAUAACCAGUGGUCAGCAGAUGAGGACGAAGGCCAGUUAUCCCAACUGAUCAGGAAAUCUAGAGAUUCCCCCUUUGUCCCUGAAGGGAUAGCAGGCUUUACGACUGUGGGGUCCUAUGGUCUUUACAAGUUAAAAUACAGAAGAGAUCAGAAAAUGUCCAUUCAUCUUAUUCACAUGAGAGUUGCUGCCCAAGGAUUCGUUGUAAGAGCUGUGACUCUAGGUGGUCUCUAUUCUACGUAUAAGGAUUACAUUAGACCUCGAUCCUUCAGUGUGUCCAAAAAAUGAAGCUUCAGACAAGAAAAACAAGAAGCCUUCUGAAAACUAUUUAUUAUGAAGAAUUUUUAAUAUGUAGCAAAUUAUACUGCAGAAGUUUCAGCCGGAAUUCUCAUAGACCUCAGCUGUUUAAGAAGUUGAUUUCCAAAUCAACAAUCAUAGUCAGCUCAAAAAUAUCUUUCUUGAUGUCUUUCAAAGGCUAGGCCAUGAUUUUCUGACUUUUAAAAUUUUUAUUUUCUAGUUAGUGGCAGAAAAUAAUCUAUAUUAUGCCAAAUCAAUCUGAAAAUUAGGAGUUAUAUAGUGGCUACAGAAAAAUUUUCUCUAUCCAUAUUAAAUAUGAUGCUCUAUUCAUAGCUUAAUUCUCCACAAACAGAGCAAGGUAAUUAAGGCUUUCAUAAAUGCCUUUUUAGAAUGGGCAAAAAUUACAUCAGAGGAGAAUGGCCAUGUUGUUAUUUAAAUCUGGUUCACCACUGUGCACCUCACUCUUAUAUAAAAACUUGACUAUUUUACCACAAACGUAAAGGUCUUAACGUUUAAAUAUUUGUGUAUUCAUUUUUAUACUUCUUGAAAGUAUUUCUAGGAGUACAAAGGUAAAUUGCUUAAAAAAUCCCUUUUCUCUCAGAUGGCAGUAUUGAGGGAAAAAAGGAGUUAGUCCAGAAGUGCUACUGCUAAUCUGGUAUGACACUGUAGAAAACACAAGAAACAAAGAAGAUAUUAAAUGUUAAGUAUACCUGUGGCAUCAAACUCCUCUGUAAUUGCCCUAGGGUUUUAAAAACUAAGCUAGACCUUGUUGAAGUCAUAACUGCCGUGGCUCAGAUUUAUUCCCUGACUCCAGGCCUGGGAAAGAUAACAAAACAAAACAAAAAAGUACCCAUUGAGAUAAAAUCAAGAAUAUACUGUAAUAUGAUCUGUGGUGCUGAUUUCCUCUUCCUUGAUGUUGCCUGUAGUGGAGGAAUACUCUGACAGGAAGGUGAAGUCUAAUGUUUGGGAAGGGAAAGACACAGCAAUAUCUGAAAAUAUAUCUGCAUUCUAGACAUUACUCACUGUUCUGUGUAUUAUAUACACCUUUCUCUACUGGCACAGGGUAAUUAUUUUAAAAGUUGCCAUCUGUACUCUUCUAGUGCCACCAACAAGUUCACGUUUCAGUCAACACUGUCCUCCUUAGAAAAUAGGCAAGGAGGGACUUCCCUGGUGGCGCAGUGGUUA